AUGUCUUCUGAACAACAAGCAAGAGAUUUGAUUAAUCAAGCUCAAAAGAAAUUAAACUCGUGGUCCUUUUUUGGGCCUUCAAAUAAAUACGAAGAUGCAGCUGAAUUAUAUGAAAAGGCUGGAAACAUGUUUAAAUUAGCUCAACAAUGGAAUAACGCAGGUGAUGCUUUUAUUGAGGCAGCCAAAUUAUUUCAACGCGGCAAUAGUGCUAAAUUUGAAGGUGCAAGAGCUUAUGAGAAUGCAUCUAAAAGUUAUAAAAGAUCGGAUCCCGCAGCUGCUGUGAAUGCAUUAAGAGAGGCUGUUCGACUUGACCAAGAAGGUGGUAACUUUAGAGCUGCAGCUAGACAUUAUCAGGACAUUGCUGAAUUAUUGGAAUCAUCAGAACUUGAUCAACCCAAGGAAGCCUAUGAAGCUUAUGGAAAAGCAUCUGAACUUUAUCUUGCUGAUGAUUCUCCUGCACUUGCUAAUAAAUGUUCUUUAAAGGUAGCACAGAUUGCUGCAGAUUUGGAAAUAUAUAAUGUAGCUAUUGAAAAAUAUGAACAAGUAGCUACAUCAGCUGUUGAUGAUCCUUUAUUGAAAUGGUCUUUAAAGGAUUACUUUUUUAAAGCAGGCUUAUGUCAUUUAUGUACUGGAGAUAUGGUAAAGACAACACAAGCACUUGCUAAUUAUUGUAAUAUGGAUAUGUCCUUUGAAUCAACUAGAGAAUAUGCAUUAUUGAAAGGAAUUAUAGAGUGUAUUGACCAAGGAGAUGUAGAUCAUUUUACUCAGUUGGUUUAUGACUAUGAUAAAUUAACUCGUUUAGAUCCUUGGAAGACGUCAGUUUUAUUAAAGAUCAAAAAGACAAUUGAUUCAGAUGAGUUACGUUAA